AAUGUUUUCCACUUUUUCCAAGGACCACUCAGUCGGAAAUCCCAACACUCAUAUAUCCUUUUGAAUAUUUCGUUAUCUUGGCUUAAGGUUUCGUGUUCAAAAUCUGUCUCUGCAACUUCGUCCGAUGGAUUGCCAAACGUCGGCGGCAAAGGCCUCCGCCUCUCCUUACGAUCUUCUCUUCCAAGCACUCGCUCUCAUCCCCGUCUUCCAUUAUUUCUUGGCCGCAUUCUUCAUAUUCCUCAUAUUUCUAUACAAUUUUUUUGAGAUUCAUUUUCUUCACGAUUUCCUCACUCUUUUCAGAGGCGAUCACGUUACGUUAACUUACAACUCUCGCUCCGUCCUCUGCCAAUCAGUUCUUUCCAGGUGUCAGAUACUCCACGAAAGGUACUCGGUGACUCCAUGGCUUUCUAGUCCUCAUCUUCAGACAGCUUUCUUGAGUUUUUUCGGAAGCGCUCCACCGGUUACUUAUAGGCGACAUUUAUUCCAUGCUACGGAUGGUGGAACGAUUGCUUUGGACUGGCUAACUUUUUUCGAUGUUGUGGAGGGUCCGUCCCGCAUGAUUGAUAGUUCUGCGGCUAUUAAAGGUGCUAAAACUCCAAUUGUGAUUGUGAUUCCUGGCUUAACCAGUGAUUCUGCUUCUGCUUAUGUGAAGCAUCUUGCCUUCAAGGUGGCAAGAAAGGGAUGGAAUGUUGUUGUAAGCAAUCAUCGUGGGCUGGGAGGCGUAUCACUCACGUCUGAUUGCUGUUAUAACGCUGGAUGGACAGAGGAUGUACGGAAAAUCAUUGACCAUAUACAUUGUGAAUAUCCGGAAGCUCCUCUGUACGCUGUUGGAACAAGCAUUGGUGCCAAUAUUCUGGUAAAAUAUCUUGGAGAGGAUGGGACUAAUAGUCCUCUUGUAGGGGCUGCAACUAUAUGCUCUCCUUGGGACCUCUUGAUAUGUGAUAGGUUCAUCAACCGUAGACCUGUGCAGAAAAUAUAUGACAGAGUGCUAACAGUUGGCCUGCAAGGUUAUGCACAAUUGCAUCAGUCUAUCUUGUCUCAUCUUGCAGAUUGGGACAGCAUUGAAAAGUCAAGGUCUGUUAGGGACUUUGACAACCAUGCUACUCGGAUUCUUGGAAAAUUUGAGACUGUGGAUACAUAUUAUAGGCGUUCAAGCAGUACUAAUUAUGUACAAAAUGUGUCAGUGCCUCUACUUUGUAUCAAUGCCUUGGAUGAUCCAGUGUGCACCAGUGAAGCUAUUCCUUGGGAUGAAUGUAGGGCCAAUGAAAAUAUUAUCCUAGCUACUACGACACAUGGGGGGCAUCUGGCUUUCUAUGAAGGGAUAACGGCAUCUAGCUUAUGGUGGGUUAAAGCUGUUCGUGAGUUCUUUGGUGUUCUAAGCACUACCCCAUUUAUAAAAGAAAGACAGGAGAUGCAAGGUUCUACUGUGCCCAACCCACUGCAAUCUUCAAUUGAUCAAGGCCCUUAUGUGAAUGUGAUGGGAGAUGGAAUGGUGGCAGCAAUGGGCAAUGAACCAAUAGAUACUUUACUAGAAGACAUCUCAAAUGAGCAUAUGAUUCAAAGCAAGAAGGAUGAAGACACAGUUCCAGAAAGAGGAAGAAGUGUUGAAUUGACAGAUAAACUAUACUCUGAGAAGGACAUCUUGCAGCAAGCAGAGCAAAAUGCCAAGGAUUUGAUUGUCCCUGUCCAAGGACGUAUUGACAAGCUUUCACGGCGUAGUAGGCAAUCAAUCUGGUUACUGGCAUACAUUGCCAUCAUAACAACUUGGCCAUUUGUUGGCUCUGUUCUUCUAUCAGUUCUCAAGAGAAGGUUUAGAAAAUAGGGUUACUGUCAUCGCAUGGGAUUCUGCUCAAUCACGACCAAAUACAAUCUAUAGAAUCAUUAAUGCCUUUUGAGAGAUUCAAGAAGUAUGCAUAUUGUUCAAUGCUGUAAUAAUAGGUACUACACUUUACCACCA